CUCGUGAAUUAGUUGAUAUAACGACUCAACUGGCGUCAGUCGUCUGCACACAACACGCAUGCGUAGUAGCGUUAUUUGAAAAAAUAAAUAAAAAAUAUAUAUUCAUCUUUAGCCUCUCGUAUUGUGUAGUGGAGAGUUUUGAUCGAUCAAGAUGGUCACAGUCGGUCCAGAUCCAGCACAGGUAACCUGUCCAUCGUGCCACGCGUCGGUCAUGACCAAAAUCACGACCAAAGCCAGCACGAAGACUCACAUCAUCGCACUCAUCCUGUGUUUGUGCAUGUGCUUGCCUUGCGUAUGUCUGCCAUACUGCAUGGACUCGUGCAUGAAUUCGGACCACUACUGUCCAAACUGCAACGCCUACAUCGGAACCUAUACAAGAUAAUUUCAUAAUUGUGAACGUAUUGCGUAUUCCUGUAUGCCAUUCGAUGAUUUGCACUUUAUAUAAGUUUCGUUUUUAUAUUUAAUAAUCACAUGAUCAGUCUUAAGUUCGGCUUAAUGUUGUAUAGCUCUGUGGAGUAUAUUUUGUAGCUUCAUCUUAAAGCAUUGGCGGUGGUGAAUGUGCUUUAUCUCCUCAUCAUCCAAGUCGUCUAGUCAGGUGCUGAGUGUAGAUGAUUAUUUUCAGAAAAUCCUACAAGGUUAUUUAACAUCAUGCAUUUAUCUAUGAUUUUUGAUUUUUAAAUCACUCGAGAUAUUUUAAAUUCUUCCAGUAUAAAUCUUCCAAAAUUUAAAGCCUUGUAAUCAAAUUUUUUCUCACUUUUACAAUUUUUGAUAUAUUAUAACAUAUUUUUACAAUCUUUCCUUAGAUAUUCACUAAGCAAACAAGAAGAAAUUUAUUGUAUUUUAUUAAUUAUAUUGUUUUUUUUUUCCUUCAAAUUUUAAAUUAGUUAAGGUGAACGUUUUAAAAUAUGAAUUGUUUCACGAAUUCAACCACAAUUCCUUAUCAGAUUCAAUUUUUAGAAUUUAAGUUUUAAGUUUUUAUUGUGAAUUUUUAUAAGAAAACAACGUAUUUUUGUGGCAUGCUAUUUACAAUUCUUAAGUGUAAUGUAACUUUUCGAUCAUUCCUAAAGAUGUUUUCAAUCGUGACAAAGUUUCUGAUCUGUCAAAUUUUAUGUGCGGAAUUUGUUUAGAAUCAGAAGAACGUUGUUUGAUCGAAAAUGGACCUUGUACAAGGUUCAGGGUUGGCACCGAAGGUGAAAUGUUGUUUUAGGCACAGAAUUUCGCAUGCACGUAAAAUUUAACGGACAAAAAUAAAAUAUUGAAAAAGUACACAA